AACAGAGUAAUAAUGAGAUGGAGUAGAAGUAGACAAGACAGCUGAUUUGGUAUGGCAGUGUAGUUAUGACGAAUUUAAGAGGAAAUCAAAUUUUAACGAAGUAAAACAAGUUUUGUACUUAUAGUUUGAUAUAUGGUAAUAGUUUACAUAACCAAAGAAGCCAAUAGCGCUCGUUCGGCUGCGAUACUUCAAUUGGUAUUCAAUUGGUGCAAUUGGUAGCAGACCAAAAGCGAACAUUAACUAUUGAACGCUUACCUUCGGAGAGGAAAGCCACCUUAAAACACUUAAGGUACUAUUAACUAUCUCAUGUCGAAAUUUGUGUUAAAAGAAAGCCAGCGUGUCCAUUUGUCGAGUGCGAGUCCAAGUCAAAAAGAAUCUCAAAGAAAAUGUUAGUUGGUGUAGUCAACACUGUCCCGCGCCCAUAAUGCAAUUUACGAUUACAGUACCAUCGAGUUCUAGUGCAGUAUUCACAGUUUUGAAGUCGUCAUUUUGAACUAACCUUUAUAGUGUCUGACCUUGGAAUUACACCGGCAGAAAUAUGUCUGAAAAUUCGAGAAAAAGGAAGCGCAAGAGGUCCUCCAAAGAAGAAGAGAAGACAUCCAAAGAUCAACAAAAGAGUGACAGAUCCAAGAGCAAAUACAACGAAAAACGACACUCGAGAAAACAUAAAGAAUGUACUUCUCAUGUUGAAGAGGAAAGUCGCCAAAUCAAAAAGGCUGUAUACAAACACCAUGCAAGAGAAGAAACGGGCAAGAGACAGGAGAUUCAGACAUGUGUGGCCCAUUCUAAGUCAAAAAGUACCUCUCUUUUGAUCCACCCUGAUUACCCCCACAAAGUGCAGUCUAAUAUUACCGUAAAAGAUAAGAUUAACAGUGGUGGUAAAAUAAAGGAAAGGUGUCCAUCAAGAUCCCGCAACAUCAAGAAUUCAGAUACAGAUGGUCGGAAAGAAGAAAAAGACUCACAAUAUGGUUUGGAUGAAAAGGCUCACCAUAUGAGCCCGCCAAGAUUAAAAAAGCAGCAAACAAGUCCCAGCAGUGUUUCAGAAGAGCGAUGGAAACACUGCCAGUGUUUGCAGAAGAGUAAAGAUAAAGAAUUGCACAAGAAUCGAAAUGAGAGCAAGACAAUCAAGACCAAAGAACAAAGCCAGACCUCUCGUCACUCCAAGUACCGGUACUCCAUAAGGCCCAAGCAAACAGAGAUAAUCAAAGAGACAUGUCAGGAAUUGUUGUUAAAAGAAAAAGAAAGCCGAGAUCCAAAAACAUCUCCAGACUUCACAAAACAACAGUUUUCUCUUUCAACCAAGGCCAAAGGGUCUUUUGAAUUUGCAAAGUCAUCAUUUUCUCGGCCCAAAAUACCAUCACCUGUACUUUCCAGUUUCAAGAUUCCGAAGAAGGUUAAACCAGAGCUUGUUGAGGUAAACACAAGUGACAAGUGUGACGUUACCUCUAUAAGUGGGACUGCCACAUGUACAACUGAGCGCACUGUAAGAAAAAUUGAGAGUACCGGUACAUCUUCGUCAAAUGUGCCUCCCACGACAAGCGAUGUCACCACAGAGCAGACGAAUGAGCAGAUGCAAGUGGCAGAAGAGCUUCACCUUGCUCGGUUUGAAAGGAAAUUAGAGGUGGAUGUAAUGCAGUGCUAUGGAGAGCUCACCUGUAUGGACAUAGACCCCCCAGAGGAGAGAGCUACACAUAGUCUCUUGCUUCAGCAGAUGUUCAGGAUAGAGACGAGUAUCAAUCGUUCUCAUGGCAAACAAUCUGCUCAGCAAGAUGUAAUCCUUGUUCUGGACACCAAUAUUCUGCUGAGUAAUUUGGAUUAUGUGAAAAAGAUUCAACAUUGUGGCCUUGGAGCUUUAGGUUUGCCAAUUGUCCUGAUCCCCUGGGUGGUGCUGCAGGAGCUCGAUUCUCUCAAAAAAGGGAAGGGCCUCACAGAUUCUGUGGCUCAUCUGGCCUGUCCUGCCAUUUCCUACAUUUACAACGCUCUCAAAAGGCGAGAAAGUCACCUUUGGGGGCAGUCAAUGCAGCAGGCAGCUGCAAGUAACAAUAGUCUGAUGGCUGAGAAUAAUGAUGACAAAGUGCUGCAGUGCUGCCUACAAUAUCAGAGUUUGUACCCAGACUGUGCUCUCAUCCUAUGCACAAAUGACAAAAAUCUAUGCAGUAAGGCUGUUCUUAGUGGGGUUAAGGCCUUCAGCAAGCUUGAUUUGGAGGAAGAGGUUGAGGGAUCAAGACGCACCGUUAACCACCUCCGAAGCACUGUCCUUCCCAGGCUUCCUCAAAUCGACAUGCCAAUGCCGGGAAGGAUUUCUACACCAGUGCUAUCUCAUACACAAGAACGUUUGUGUCUCCCAGAGGAAGAGAGAAAAAAACCCACUGUGGAGGAGAAGGAGAACAUAAAAAAAUGUGUCUCUGAGUUUGAAAACUGCCUGCAGGAGGUUCUGUCCAAUGUGCUUGAGAUGGAGAUGAAAGCUACUUACGAUGAGUUGUGGCAAGAGAUCAUCUACAUAAAGCCGCCCUGGAAUCUUCUUGACAUUUUGCAUUGUUUGAAAAAGCACUGGAGAGCAGUAUUUGGUUUCAUCGUCUCACGAUCUUUGCUCCAAACAGUUUUAAAUCUCAUUGACUUCUUUAAACAAGGUAUAUUAAUAGACCACAGUUCUAUUCUGGUGACUCUCCAACAAGCGAAGGAGUUUGUCAAGGAAUUCGGGAAAAGGUCAAGCCAUGUUCCCAGAGCACUAAAUGAAAUGGACAACAUCGCCCACAAGCUAACACCUCAGCCUGAAUCAGCUGUCUGUGAUGUUGUCAUGAAUGAGGAUGACGAAGCCAAACGACCCCUUUCCUCUCAUGUCCCUCACCAUGAAGUCUGGGCCAUGUUUGAGAACAUUUGGUGUAAAGCCUGUGAAAUAAGAAAAAGUGCCUUGCCAGAAGGAGGUCCUGCUCCACCGCGUGACGCCGUUGACUGUUUGGGCCAAAUGUCCUCCAUGGUCUCACAGCUGCUCCAAGCCUUCAUCAGUGUUCUAUCCUCUUCUGCGGGUUUGCAUGAAGUGCAGAUGCUUCUCACCACUAUCAGAUCCAAUAAGAUGGUUGACAUUAAUUCCAGACUGGUGGACACGGACCUUCUCAGUUGCUUCUUGCAGGAAGACUAUAGAGAGAAGCUGAGAGUUGGCGUGAACCAGCUGACAGAGCUCAAGGACGCCCUGGACGACUGUGUUCAGACCACGAGUCAGCACCUCAAUCUAAUCAUGUAGACUUCACAGGACCAGCGAGUCCAGGUCCGGGUUGUGGCUCAGGUUUGAUUGACAUCACUGGUCCUCAUUUCACACUGGCUUCGAAUGUUCCCGCCAGACUGUGUGAAUGCUUGGUGUGUUUACAUUGAGCUCAAAAAGGGUUCCAAAAUGGAAUCCAUAAUGCGCUCUUUGGUAGCUGGACGCUAUCUUUGAUUUGUCCGGGAUAUGUUGGAGUACAAGACACUUCAGUUUGUAGCAAACAAUCUGCCACAGGUUCUGUUGUUCUUGCUCCUCAUCCACAU